CUGCCACAUCCGACAAUAAGCGAAAUGCCGAAUAUAGUGAAGAAUGUGGAAGUCGGUACUUCGCCAGGUUAUAUAAAAGCAGCUUAUUAUUUGCUUUCGUCAAUGAAUCGGACCGUCAAUCCAUGUGAUGAUUUUUUUGAAUAUGCCUGUGGACGUUGGAUAGCUGAGCAUCCGAUUCCGAGUGACCUUGGUACAUACGAGGUCUCUCAAUUGGUUCGUGAGAAAGUAGCGCGCAAAAUGAAAGAACUUUAUGAUUCAAAACAAUCGACGAAUUCGAAAGCAAUGGAUGCGGUGAAAACAAUAUAUCAAGCUUGUAUGGAUACUGAUCGACUAAACAGUAUGCAAGGACGAGAAAUUGUUGAGACCAUUGAGUACCUUGGUGCUUGGCCAAUAGUAUAUGGACACAAAUGGUCCGAAGAGAAGUUCGAUUUUACGGAAACAAUGAUUCGAAUUGCGCAGACGCGAUCUUCUGGCAUUUUUAUGAACAUCUAUGUGUCAUCUGAUCAAAAGAAUGUUUCAAGGCGUUUAAUUCACAUUGAUCAAGGAAGACUCGCACUUGGUUUUGGUGCUAGAGAAUAUUACUUGAAUGAGAAGAAUUAUGCAGCGCAAUUGAAAGCUUAUAGGAAAUAUGUUAUUGAUAAAGCAAUGCUAAUCUCACAUGAUGCUGGAAUAUUGAAGAAACGAACUGAAAUUGGAAAAGAAGCUGACGAUAUCAUCAAUUUUGAGAAGAAACUUGCUCAGAUUAUGGUUCCAGAGGAGAAUAGAAGGAACUAUACUUUGCUCUACCAUCAAUAUCAUCUCAGUAACCUGCCUGUCUUUAUGUCGAAGAUGAACUGGAACAAGUACUUCCGAUCUGUGGUUCCUCCUGAUUUACAUUGGUAUCUGAAUGAAGAUCCAGUCAUCAAUGUCAUUGACGUGAAAUUCUUGAAACAACUUGACGAACUGAUAAAGGUAACACCUAAACGAACGCUGGCAAACUAUAUGAUAUGGCUUUAUACAUCGACAUGGAAUUUUCAACUGGAUGAACGAUAUGAUGACAUUCAUCAGGAGUUCCUUCGCGCUAUCAUUGGAAAACAUAUGAAGUCACCACGAUGGAAGGUUUGCAGUCAAAUAGCUGUAGAACGAAUGGGUUAUGCUUCAGGAGCUUUAUAUGUCAAGUCCUUCUUCAAUGAAGCAGACAAACAAGAAGCACUCGAAAUGGUGAGCCUUUUGAAGGGUGCCUUCGAAGAAAUGCUGGAAGAAUACAAUUGGAUAUAUGAAAGUACUCGACAGAAGGCAUUAAAAAAGAUCAAUGAGAUGCUAAGUUUGGUCGGCUAUCCAGAAUUCAUCAGAGAUAUCAAAGAUCUCGAUGAAUACUAUAAGCUAUUGCAUAUUUAUCCCAAUGAUACGUUUGACCAAAUUAUAACAAAGACAUCACGAUGGUCGAUGGAACAGUCAUAUCGAAAAUUAGUCAAACCUGUCAAGAGGACGGAAUUUGGUGCCCCAGCGUCCAUCGUGAAUGCGUUUUAUUCAUCGCUUAAAAAUGCUAUUGUAUUUCCGGCAGCCAUUCUUCAAGCACCAUUUUUUGAUCGAACUUUCCCGAAGGCGGUGAAUUUUGGUAGCAUUGGAUCAAUUAUUGGACAUGAAAUGAUCCAUGGAUUCGAUGAUCGAGGAAGCCAGUUUGACCAUCAGGGUAAUCUGCGCGACUGGUGGGAUGGUGCAACAAAGCAGAAUUUCAAAGAAAAAAAAGAUUGUUUCAUGAAAGAAUACAAUAAUUACAUUGUUCCCGGAACAAAUUUGCACAUUAGCGGGCUACGUACAUUGGGUGAAAACAUUGCUGAUAAUGGUGGAAUUAAAGAAGCCUUCCGAGCAUAUAGAAAUUACAUUAAAAAAAUUGGUCAUGAGGAGAAACGCUUGCCGGGACUCGAAAAUCUCGAUAUGAAUCAAAUAUUCUUCCUAAGUAGUGCACAGACAUGGUGUGGACAUUCACGACCGGCUGCGUUAAUCAGGCAAGUACUAACCGAUCAACAUGCACCAUCUCGAUUCCGUGUUAAUGGCGUAGUCAUUAAUCAGCCUAGUUUCGCUGAAGCUUUCAAAUGUCCACCGAAUUCACCGAUGAACCCAAUAUCAAAGUGUUCAUUAUGGUAG